AUCUAUGGAGCUUGUUUACCAGCGCCCCGGAGUGAUGAAGGGUAUUCCACUAUAUCGUUUUGUUGCACCCAAGACCUUGUUUGCCAAUGGGACAGAUUAUGCCCCCAAUGAAGGUUUCUGCCCCUGCAGACAGUCCGGUCUGCUGAAUGUCAGCAGCUGUCGCCACAACUCUCCAGUCUUUAUCUCUCAUCCUCAUUUCUACAACGCUGAUCCUGUGCUGCUGGACUACGUGCAGGGCCUCAGUCCAAAUGAGGAUGAGCAUGGCCUCUUCAUCGACAUUCACCCACAAACGGGUGUCCCUCUCAACGUGUCCAUCCGUCUGCAGCUCAACCUCUACAUGAAGAAAGUGUCAGGAAUUACAGAAACUAGCAAGAUUUCUGAGGUGGUGAUGCCCAUGAUCUGGUUUGAAGAGAGUGGUUAUAUAGACGGACCUAUCCUCACCACAUUCCACACAAACCUGGUUAUUCUGCCUGCUGUGAUGGAGUACAUGCAGUACGGGUUCAUAGCGCUUGGUCUGCUGACGAUAAUAAUUGCCUUCCUUGUGCACCAUCGAGCCAGGAGGUCGAGGAACACUGCGGUGUCCUCCAUAGUGUUUGAGAACCCCGGGGCCUCCAUCAAAGAGCCAGUAAAAGGCUCCUAUGGCACUGAGACAGCAGAGAAAAGUAACAUGAACAAUUAAGAGAAGUAAACCUGGAGCUGCAUCAGCGAGCACUACAACAGAAGAGAGAGACCCUCUACUACAAGAAGAACUUGAUUGACACUCCUGCACGAGUGAACGUGCAAACAUACAUGAACCUGACACUGUGAAUUCUCUGAAGGCAAUCGUCAUCAUUCCAUUCUCCGUGGCAGGGUGCCCUAUAUGAUCUAUAUGCUAAUGAGAAUGUUUCGUAUAGAUAUAGAUGAACGUGUGUUGUCGUCUUUUUUUAACUUGACUAAUGUUGAUGAAACUCAGCCGGAGACUGAGGUUGAGAAGUUCACACAGAAGAUGCUUCUGCUACUGUUUCUACAAAGGACUAAGCCAAAAAAACACUGUUGUAGUUUGUUCACGUCAUCAGGAGCAAUAAUAGUCAUCACUGAUUUUUAUUUUCUUACCUCGCCAUGUUAAAGAGAUGUUUCUGUGUUAAAGGCACAAACCGACCAAGAAAUGAUGGAAUCUUUGUCUGAUGGAGGUAAAUGACAAUGUGCUACUGUCCUCUGUGAACGUGUGAAUGUUAUUUCAUGACGAUGUGAAUAAUGCCAUUAAUGUGACUGAGAAUCAACGUGCCUUUGUAAAAAAAAAAAUGUAUGCAUUAAAUAACUGAUGUUCAAAAA